AUGACCAUCCUGUACAAAGACCCCGUUGCCACUUUCGGGAAAGACUAUGUUCUGCCCCUGUCAUGGUUGCGGCUCUUUUUUUACUGGCACGGUUCUCUGAUGCAGCGGCUGCUGUUCGAAAUAAUCUUAUGGCUAGCGCUGGCGGCGCUCGUGAUCGCGCUCAAGCUGUACGUUGCGACGUGGACUCAUGCGUUUCUCCUUGUUUUGGCGAUUUUGGCGAACGUGCUAUCUCCAAUUCUCACGUUUAUGCUGGGUUUUUACACGAGCACGAUAUACUCGCGCUGGUGGGACGCGCGCGUCUCCAUGUGUGGCACCGCGCAGAUGGCCGCCUACAACAUCGCCAUGGAGAUGACUCAGUUUAUUUACAGCGACAAGGACCCGAUAACAGCUGCACGUCUCAAACAGCGAAUUGUGCGUUGGUGCAACCUCGCGUUUGCGCUCGUGUUGCGUGAGAUUAUAACCGAUGGAACGCACCUGUACAACUCCUUUGAUUCCCUGGAGCAGCUCGGCAUGAUGACGGCAGAGGAGCGCCAACGCAUUGAGCACGACGUGGACCGAGUUCGUUUCACGCUGCCUCUGAUGUGGGCGGGACACACGUUUACGCGCCUGCGAGACCACGAGCCGAACUACGGAGUGACGCAUUGGGUCCACUUGCAGCUCUCACAGCAGUUGGCAAGCCUUCGUCAAGGCCUCGGAAGCAUGUACGUUUUUGUGACAGUGCCAGUGCCUCUUAUGUACCGGCAGCUUGUGAGUGCCGCUGUACGAAUCUAUAUUCUCGUUGUCGUCCUGCUUGCUGGGAACCUGCAGCUUUUGGGUGCCACCAGCUCGGGGACGGAUUCCGCCAACUACAGUUGGACCGAUAUGGUCUACAUUGUGAGCGUCUUCUUCAUUUAUAUUGGUUGGUUGCACGUUGCAGACGAGCUCGCAAAUCCGUACCGAAUAGCCCCAGAUGGCCUCGAUUUUGACGAUUAUCUCUCGAGUCAGCGAGCGGACCACGCCACUAUGGUCGACGACAACAGUAUCCGCUUGCCCACAGUGGAUUCCAUCAACGACGAGCCCCUACCGGGCGAUCCGAACUGGAAUUGUCCGUUCGUGUGGCGUGAUCACGCUUACGAGGCGGUCCCAGGCUGGAACAAGUACAAGGAGUAUAUUCGGACCGUCAAAGCAAGUCGACAAGACGGCCAUGCAAAGACAUACGACUUUUUCCAGCGGGUGCGCCAACGCCUGCUCUCGGAUGAGGAGACGUUCGCAACCGACGAUACCACAGCUCCGACGCAGACGGACUGGGCCCAAAGCAUCGGACUGCAGGGCAACACGUCACUACGUGGCACCACCCGAUGUUGGACCGGACCUCCCGAAAGGAUCCGGUACUACGGAUUCUGA